CCUUAGGGCUGACAGUAUCUGUCCUUAAGAAACAUAUCUGGAUUUGUGUGGUUUAGUUAGUGUGUGUGUGUGUGUGUGUGUGAAACAGGCAGGAAUGAGGUGAGGAGUUUAUUCACACUACGUAUGUCAGAGACGUUCUGUCAGACAGAUGAUUAAGUGCUUUAAGCCCGGAUCAGAUAUCCAUCCUGUUUAAGAGAGCUCUCUCUGGGUCAUUCAUACAGACCUACAGGAAAGAGAGCAGUCGGGUGAAGGCAGGAGGUUUGCACAUUUCCACACAGAUGUCUUAUGGUGAGAGCGUGAUGGUGGAGCAUUGAGGAAGCAAGAUCAAGAAGAGAAGAUAGAGAUAUAUUUCAGAGGAAGUGUUUGAGCUGAAGACCGAAGUGAUGUUGGCCCCUGAACAGGAGCUGCUGAGCUCUUCUAAACCCAGCAAAUACGGAGAGCUCAUCGUCCUCGGCUACAAUGGCUCCCUACCGAACGGAGACCGGGGCAGAAGAAGGAGUCGUUUCGCUCUGUUUAAGAGACCCAAAGCCAAUGGAGUCAAACCCAGCACCGUCCACAGCACAUGCAGUCCACAGACCGCCAAGGCCAUCAGCAACAAAAACCAGCACAGCGUGUCGUAUACGCUGUCCAGGGCGCAGACGGUAGUCGUAGAGUAUGCACACGACAGCACCACUGACAUGUUUCAGAUCGGCCGGUCCACUGAAAGCCCCAUUGAUUUCGUGGUGAUGGACACGCUGCCUGGUUGUCACGGCAAAAGCGACACGCUGUCAUCUCAGAGCACUAUAUCGCGAUUCGCGUGUCGGAUCGUGUGUCAGAGAGCGCCGCCCUACACCGCGCGCAUCUACGCUGCCGGCUUCGACUCGUCCAAAAGCAUCUUCCUGGGGGAGAAAGCGGCGAAAUGGUGGUGCGCUGACAGCCAGAUGGACGGCCUGACCACCAACGGCAUAUUAGUGAUGCGACCGCGGCACGGCUUCACCUGCGAGUCCAAACCGGGCGCCUGGAGAGAGAUCUCAGUCUGCGGCAACGUCUUCACGCUCCGAGAGACCCGGUCCGCUCAGAAACCCGGCAAACUGGUUGAGAAUGAGUCUCACGAGCUGGUGGACGGCACUUUAAUCGAUCUGUGCGGCGCGACUCUGCUGUGGCGUUCGGCGGAAGGUCUGUCCUGCACGCCGACCCCCAAACACCUGGAGGUGCUGCGGCGGGAGCUGAACGCGGCGCGGCCGCAGUGUCCCGUGGGCCUCCACACCCUGGCCUUCCCCAGCCUGGACCGCUCCUUCACCGGCUCGACCCACGACGAGCAACCCUGGGCCUACCUGCACUGCGGACACGUGCACGGAUACCACGCCUGGAGGGGCCGCCGCCGCCUCGCCAAAGAGGGCUCCACCGAGGAAGACGAGGACGAGUCCGAGAGCAAAGAGGAGCUGGAGCAGGAGCCGCUGCGGGAGGGGGAGCGCGAGUGUCCGCUGUGCCGCACACGCAGUCUGUACGUGCCGCUGAAGCUGGGCCGCGAGUCAGGCUUUUAUCUGGACAGCGCGCCUCCGACGCACGCUUUUAACCCCUGCGGACACGUGUGUUCAGAGCAGACGGCCGCCUUCUGGAGCAAACUGGUGCUGCCUCACGGCGCUCGCGGCUUCUUCCCCGCCUGCCCGUUCUGCAUGCGGCCGCUCGCCCGCGACAGCAAGUGCGUGAGACUGAUCUUUCAGGGGCUGCUGGACUGAGUGUGUGUCUGUGUGUGUGUGUGUGUGUGUACGUGCUGCUCCUCUACGCGCCAAACUGCCAACACACAUAUUCCACUCUGAUUUUCCCACAAGCCAUGUGUUCUCUGCAGAGGUGUAAAGUAUUGGAGUAAAUGUAACUAGUUACUGUACUUGA